CCCCAAUUUAAAAAAAAGGAAAAAGAAACGCGUCCGCACUGUUUGUUCCUAUUUGCUCUCCGUACACUAUUCUGCAAUGCAGGUGAAGGUUCACAGGUUCACGCAGACAGGGAAGAUGGAUGUCAACCAGGCCAAACAAGAGCAUUUGCUGGCUUUAAAAGUGAUGCGAUUGACAAAACCAACGCUUUUCACAAACACACCGGUGACAUGUGAGGACCGAGAUCUGCCAGGCGACCUUUUCAGCCAGCUAAUGAAGGAAGACCCUUCAACUAUAAAGGGGGCUGAGACGCUGAUGCUCGGAGAGAUGUUGACACUUCCGCAGAACUUUGGAAACAUUUUCCUUGGUGAAACCUUUUCCAGUUACAUCAGUGUGCACAAUGACAGCACUCAGGUUGUGAAGGACAUAUUGGUAAAGGCAGACCUUCAGACGAGCUCCCAGCGCUUAAACCUUUCAGCAUCCAACUCGACUGUGGCAGAGCUGAAACCGGAGUGCUGUAUCGAUGACGUCAUCCACCACGAGGUUAAAGAAAUCGGAACGCACAUAUUGGUUUGUGCUGUGAGUUACACCACUCAAACAGGGGAAAAGUUAUACUUCAGAAAGUUCUUCAAAUUUCAGGUUCUGAAACCACUGGAUGUGAAGACCAAGUUCUACAACGCUGAAAGUGACCUCAAUUCUGUGACAGAUGAGGUCUUUCUGGAGGCCCAGAUCCAGAACAUCACCACCUCCCCCAUGUUUAUGGAGAAGGUGUCCUUGGAGCCCUCAAUGAUGUACAACGUGACAGAGCUGAACAGCGUCUCCACAGGGGAAGAAGGAAUAUCCACCUUUGGAAAGAUGUCUUACUUGCAGCCCCUGGACACUCGCCAGUACCUGUACUGCUUGAAGCCCAAGCCCGAGUUUGCUGAGAAGGCUGGCGUGAUUAAGGGGGUCACAGUGAUUGGCAAGCUUGACAUAGUGUGGAAAACCAACCUGGGGGAGAGAGGGCGACUCCAGACCAGUCAGCUCCAGAGAAUGGCCCCUGGCUAUGGCGAUGUGAGGCUUUCUCUGGAGUCGAUACCGGACACUGUCAAUUUAGAAGAACCUUUCAACAUUACAUGUAAAAUAACAAACUGCAGCGAGAGAACAAUGGACCUAGUCCUGGAGAUGUGCAACACUGGCUCGAUCCACUGGUGUGGAAUUUCAGGAAAGCAACUGGGGAAGUUAAGCCCCAGUUCCUCUCUAUACCUCACACUCAGACCCUUGGCUUCAGUCCAGGGCCUACAGAGCAUAUCUGGUUUGAGGCUGACGGACACCUUCUUGAAAAGAACUUAUGAAUAUGACGAUAUAGCACAGGUGUGCGUAGUCUCUUCCUGCUUGAAUCGAGAAAGCUAAACUUCAUGGCCAUGCAUGGCACUGACGGAUUUCUGUGGACCAACUGUGGAGCUAUCGGCACCAACCCUCACCUUCUUUUAUUAAAAGACUCUUUAAAAAAUCUUAAUGUUUUAAAAGUGGAAUGUUUUAGCUUUUCCAAACUGUAUCAUGAUUUUAAAUGUAUAAAUGUGAAUAAAGUCUUAUUAAAUGUAAGUCAGGUCUA